CAGUUGACCCUGCAGCAGCUACGUUCUGCCCAGUUGUUUCAGCACUGCCUCCUGCCCUUUGAAUAGCCCGUUAUUCCAUCUGUGGACUAAAGCUCGUCGACAGGACCGUUGGACUUGACAGCUGAAACUUUCUGCACACUACAACUCCAGUCUUCUCUACAAGUCUGAGCGAACGAUUGUGGCAAAAUGACAUCUGUGGCCCUGAAUGUUCCACUGAAAAUGGACACAAAGGACCUCCAGAUCAAAACCUUAACAGUGGAAAGAUUGAUUCAGCCUUUGAUAUUGCAGGUCACAACUUUAGUUAACUGCGUCAGAGAUCCUUCAAAGAACAAAAAAGGACGAUCAAAGAGAGCUAGUGUACUUCUGGCAUCAGUGGAGGAAGCCACAAAUAACCUGAUUGAAAAGGGGGAUCAGAUUGCCAAGGACACCACUUAUCUGAAGAUGGAACUUACUGAAGCAGUUCAGGAUGUACGUAGAGAAGGUGAAACGAUGAGAGUUGCGUCAAAAGAAUUCACAGAUAACCCCUGUGCCUUAGCAAAGCGAGAAAGCAUGGUUGGUGCCGCGCGAGGUCUCCUUGCUGCAGUGACCCGACUUCUGAUUCUGGCAGACAUUCUUGAUGUUGUGCAUCUCCUGCAGCACCUCACGGCUGUCCAGAAUUCAUUUGCAUUGUUGACAAAGGUGUCAAAUGAAGAUGACCUGAACAACGCAUACCGAACGUUUGCGCAGGACUUAACCAAAUUAGACUUCCUGACUCAGAAACGCCAACAGGAUCUCAAGUCUCCCAGUGAGCGUGAAGGUCUGGCGGCUGCCCGUGCUUGCUUGAAGCAGACCUCUCCCUUGUUAUAUUCUUCAUUCAUGGCCUACUUGCAACAUCCUAACAUCACUGCGCUUCAGGCAGGGCGGGAGUCUGUCCACGGUGAGAUACAAGAGGCCUUUGCUGAAAUCUCUGACGCUGUGCAGGGAAUUGGAUGCCCAAUGUCCAAGUCCAUAACGGCUUUUCCAUCUCUCGCUGGUGCCAUUGAUGAAUUUGAGAAUGCCAUAGUCAUUGACCCCCUUGCAGUCCAUGAAGACAAACUAAGGCCUUUGCUGGAGAAGAGACUGGAAGGUAUUGUCAGUGAAGCUGCUUGGAUGGCAGACUCUUCCUGCACACGUGACCAUCACCGUGAGCACAUAAUAACAGAGUGCAACGCAGUGCGCCAGGCACUUCAAUCCCUACUGUUGGAAUAUAUGAGUAACGCUGGUUAUAAAGAACGAAGUGAUGCUGUGAACUCUGCCAUUGAAAACAUGUGCGAGAAGACGAGGCAACUUCGCAGACAGCUGCAGAAGGCAAUAAUCGACCACGUGUCGGACUCUUUCCUGGACACCACCGUCCCUCUCCUGGUCCUGAUUGAAGCUGCAAAAAGUGGGAAUGAAAAGGAUAUCAAUGAAUACGCGGCUAUAUUCAGAGAGCACGCCAGUAAACUGGUGGAGGUGGCCAAUCUUGCUUGUUCAAUGUCAACCAACAAAGAAGGAAUCAAUAUUAUUCAACUGGCAGGGCACCACAUUGAAGCCAUGUGUCCUCAGGUCAUCAAUGCUGCACUGGCACUUGCUUCCUCCCCAAAAAGCCAAAGUAUCGGAAGUAACAUGGAGAUGUACAAGAAGGCCUGGGAGAACCACAUCCGCCUCUUGACCGAAGCAGUGGACGACAUUACCAGCAUCGAUGAGUUUCUCACCAUCUCUGAAAGUCACAUUCUAGAAGAUGUGAAUAACUGCAUCAUCUCUUUGAGGGUGAGCAACGCAGAGACCCUGGACCGUGUGGCCGGAGCAAUUCAAGGACGAGCUGCUCGAGUUGCUCACGUUGUCAGCUGCGAGAUGGAAAAUUAUGAGUCUGGGAUCUACACUGAAAAAGUGAUGAGAUUAGUCCAGGAUUUGGAAGGAUUUGCUGUUGCGGAGUUUGUUACACAAGUGAACACAGCUCUGGAAAGGAUCAGCAUCGGCUCCGCGACCCAGUUUGACGACAGCGACUUUGUGGAAGCCUCCAGGAAGGUCUACGAUGCAGUUCACGACAUCCGAUGUGCUGUUCUGAUGAUCAGGACACCUGAAGAGCUUGAAGAUAUGUCUGACCUUGAGGAUGGUCACGAUGCCUUAAGUCACACCAGUGUGCAGACGGAGGGAAAAUCUGACAGGGCUAAAAUGACUGAACUACCUGAAGAGGAAAAGGCUAAAAUUGCCGAGCAGGUUGCAGAUUUCAAGAAGGUUAAGGGCAGGCUGGAUGCUGAGAUUGAGAUUUGGGACGAGACCAGCAAUGACAUCAUUGUACUUGCCAAGAAGAUGUGCAUGAUCAUGAUGGAGAUGACUGACUUCACCAGAGGAAGAGGCCCCCUGAAAAAUACAUCCGAUGUCAUCAAUGCGGCCAAAACAAUUUCCGAUUCUGGCAACAGGAUGGAUGCAUUGGUGCGCCAUAUCGCAAUCCAGUGCCAAGAUCUAUCUUGUAAACAAGACUUGUUAGCGUACCUGGAGCAAAUCAAGCUCUAUUCUCACCAGCUCAAGAUUUGCAGCAAAGUCAAAGCUGAAAUCCAGAAUCUGAGUGAAGAGCUCAUUGUUUCUGCGUUGGACAGUAUUACCUCCCUCAUCUUGUCAGCCAAGAACCUGAUGAAUGCAGUGGUAGACACGGUGAAGAUGUCCUACAUUGCAUCGAUCAAGAUCAUCAGGCUGCAGAGCCCCUCGGCUGCACUUCACUCAGUCGUCAUGUGGAGAAUGAAGGUUCCCGAAAAGAAGCCCUUGAUCAAGCGGGAGAAUCCCAAGGACCUGUCAGCGGUGGUGCGGAGGGGCUCCACCAAGAAAAAAGUCCACCCUGUCAAAGUUAUGAGCGAGUUCAGAGGAAGAAACGCUCCCUAAAUCCAACAUGUACACUGCUUUUGCUCAAUCACAGGGUGAAUUGCUUGUGGACGUGUGUUGUUGAAGCUGCAUCGAGCCUGCAAAUUAGGAAUGUAGGAAUAAAUAGUCUAUAAAAGACCAUGCCUGCCUAGUUUACCCUCAACCACCCUGAUAGCGAUGAUUAAUGGUGAUAGAGUUUAGUUUAGUUUAGAGAUCCAGCCCGGAAACAGGCCCUUCGGCCCACCAGGUCCACGCUGGCCAACGAUCCCCGCACAUUAAC